AUGGACGAAUCAGCUGAAGUCCGUUUCCGAAAACAUACUGUGGAGAUUGAAAACGACACGGAGGCUGAUAGAAAACUCUUGAACGAAGGUGACCGUUCAGGCUUGGUUCAACACAGCGUAAAAAUUCAGACAGUCACACCUUCCCGUGAUAUCUUGGUGGAGCAAAACACGCUCGCACCAAGAUAUCAAGGAAAGAUCUGCCAAGAUUGCUGUCCAACUCGUGAAGACAAAGAUAAACAUGAGAGUCAGACGAAACAUAAAAAGAAACUCCUUGUAUAUGAAUUCUUUGCCAAGGAAAUUCCAAAAUUUGGGCCGUUCAGUGGUUCAUCCGUACUACUCAAAAGGUACACUGCUUGUGGUGAACGAGUUGUCGGUCUCGAAUGUGUCCACGAACUUCACUUUUCCUUCACCGUACAGCCUUGGUGGGCAUGUUCAAUAUGUUACGAGUCCGGGGCGUUAAUGGAGCAAGCUGAUGUUCAUCUUACGUCUAUGAGUCAUAUCACUACAUACCUGGAUGAGUUUCACUCGUCCAAGAUUGCCUCCUUGCAUAUGGAUGGAGAUAGGCUUGAAGUGUACAAGGAAAUAAGACGACUUUGCGAUGUAAUCAUUGAAGAGCAGGGUACGUUUGGUUUGUUUAUUAUACUUCAUUCAUGAAU